UCUACUAUAAUGGCGACGGAGAGUGAGUAUCACUUCGAUGAUUCAGCAACAAGUCAAGAGGUGGACCACGGUGAUGUAUUCAUUCCGCGAAGGACUAGACUAGAUUCCGAAUCGUUUCGAAGACAAAUAGAUUGCUUGUCUAAUUCACUUACGUCACUAUCAGAAGAGCGAGAUAAGCUUCUUGAAGAUCGCCACUCAGAUCGCUCAAAAAUCAUUAGGUUAAGUGCGGAGCUUUUAAUAAAGGAAUCGCUAAUUCAAAAUAUAAAUCAAUUAGAGGGGCGUAUAGAUGAACUUAAGAAUCAACAUAUAGAAGAUGAGACAGAAAAAACAAAUCUGAAAAAAGAUCUGACUGAUAAAGUAGUUAUCAUACAAAGUCUGCAACUGAAAGCCGCAGAAGAAAAGAAAUGUUUGGUAGAGGAAAAUAAAGAAUUACGUAGACAAAUCUUAGAAUGUGAAAGUAACAAUACUAAACUUAAGCAAGAGGUAACACAGAAAAUACAAUUGCUGGCUAAUUGGGAAAAUAAAUUUGAAUUAUUGGAAGAAGAAAAUAAAGGCCUUGCAAGUGAAUGUCGUAGGCUGAACAGCAGGUCAUAUUCUGCACUGGAGCUUAAAGAGUGCUUCUCGUGCAGACAGAGGUUUAAUCCUAAAGAUGUCAAAGAAAAUGAAUGUAAAUACCAUCCACUCCCACCGAUGGGAUACAAACAGUGGCAACUAUGGCCCGUAGCGGAUAAAGUGGAUAAACAGCAUUACCAUACCUACCACUACUAUGCGUGUUGCAAU